AUGAGCAACCCCCAGAUCCCCAAGGAAGGCGUUGCCGUCGUCUUCGACAAAUGCAACGGACCGAUUCGCGUCGACAAGCACCACCAUGUUGUGCAACCUGCCGAACUCAAGCCGGGCGAGGUUUUGGUCAGGGUUGAGUACACCGGAGUGUGCCACACCGACCUUCACGCCUGGAAGGGCGACUGGCCUGCUGCGCCCAAGACUCCCCUCGUCGGCGGACACGAAGGAGCAGGCCAUGUUGUCGCGAUUGCCGAGGGCACAACGACGACGCUCAAAGUCGGCGACGCAGUCGGCAUCAAGUGGCUCGCCGACUCGUGCCUCAACUGCGAAAACUGCCGCCUCGGGUCCGAAGCGACGUGCGACCUCGCCCAAUGCUCAGGCUACACCGUCGACGGCUCGUUCCAACAAUACGCCGUCUCGUUCGCUCGUCACCUCACGCCCAUCCCGGACGGUCUUCCGCUUGAGGUUGCGGCUCCGAUUCUUUGCGCGGGCGUGACGGUCUGGAAGGCCUUGAAGGAGGCGAAUGCCAAGCCGGGCGACUGGGUUGUCGUCUCCGGCGCAGGCGGUGGACUCGGCCACCUCGCUGUGCAAUACGCCGCAGCAGUUGGCUACCGCGUCGUCGGCAUCGACACUGGCGACGACAAGCGCAAGCUGCUCGCUUCGUACGGGGCCGACACGUUCAUCGACUUCAAGCAAUUUGGCGGAGAGGGGAAGCUGAUUGAGGAGGUUAAGCGCGUGUGCGAUGGCAAGGGUCCGCAUGCCGCCAUCAUCACCUCCGCCGGCGGUGCAGCCUACAACGACGCCCUCGAAUACCUCCGUCCUCACGGCACGCUCGUCGCAGUUGGCCUCCCUCCCGACACCUACAUCAAAGCCAACGUCUUUUGGACCGUCUUCAAGAGCCUGCGCGUCGUCGGCUCGUACGUCGGGAACCGCCAGGACGCGAUCGAGGCGCUCGACUUCGCGGCGAGGGGGAAGGUCAAGCCGCAGAUUGUGGUUGAGCCGCUUGAGAACCUCGAGAAGGUCUACCACCGCAUGGAGCAAGGCGCCGUCCCCGGCCGCAUCGUCCUCAAGAAUUUCUAA